CCUUGGCAGCAGGAGUUCAGCCAGCGUUCUCAAUGCAAUGAAGCUUAGAUGAGAUUCUGCUGGCUCAACUUUGAAACGCAGCUUCGGGGAGAGGUACUGCCGUUUCUUCUCGUCGGUGGCAUGGAUGUCAUUGAAACCUGGACCGUGUUUUCGCUGCAUUUUGGGGAGACUAUGCUACACUGAGCCCCGGAUAACACGCAUGUCGUUCCAGGGAUCAGGAGAAGGUGUCUCACAGCUAGCGUGAGAGUACUUGCAGCUUGCGAGGGUGCGGAAAAGAAAUCCAGUGAUCCAUGGAAAUAGCGCUCUAGCUUUCAAAACUGGGGAGUUAACUGUAUCUAAGACAAAAAAAAAACACUGGAUUCGGCAACUGGGGGUUGGACUGUCUGCAUAGGACCUAGCCCCAGGGGAGGGUACUCUGCAAGUUAUCCCAGCACCAGGAUUAUCUUUUCGAUUUUGGAGCGAUGAAGGUCCCCAUUCCAUGGGGGACACAGCUUCUGCUAGAGUUGCUAUAGGGCAUGCUUUUAUAAAAUAUGUGAAUUUGGAUUGCACUUCUAUAUGUACUGAGAAGCACUCUCUGCAGUGGCAAUGCGGCUGCACUAAGGAGGGGGAACGAAUUACAAGCAUCUCAGGACGAUACAGGAACGAUCAGAAGACUGCACAGAGACACCACGCAGGGGCAAACAGUGCAGGAAUACCAGAUAGGGGCAGAUGAUAUUAGAAAUUAUGAUGUCAGCAGUCAUGUGGAACUGGACCUUUUUUAUCUUCCACAUUCUAAUUAUUAGAGUUUCACCCGUGUCUAGACAACCAGUGAGGAUAAACAAAGAUUUUCGUACUUUCCAUGCUGAGUUUCCUGAUUGGACUUUUAACCACUUAGUAGUCGAUGAACGGCUUGGCUAUAUUUAUUUAGGGGCUGUUAAUAGGAUUUACAAACUUUCUAGUGACUUGAAGGUCAUGGUUACACAUCAGACAGGUCCAGAUGAGGAUAAUCCAAAAUGUUAUCCACCACGGAUAGUCCAGCCAUGUAAUGAACAUUUAACUUUAACAAACAAUGUUAAUAAAAUGCUUCUAAUUGACUACAAAGAGAACAGGUUACUAGCAUGUGGGAGCCUCUACCAAGGAAUAUGCAAGCUGCUAAAACUUGAUGACUUGUUCAAACUUGGAGAACCCUUUCAUAAAAAGGAGCACUACUUAUCAGGGGUGAAUGACAGUGGUUCAGUUUUUGGAGUAGUUGUUUCGCAUAGCAACACAGAGGAUAAAUUGUUUAUUGCCACUGCUGUCGAUGGUAAACCAGAGUACUUUCCUACCAUCUCCAGUAGAAAGUUGACUAAAAACUCAGAAGAUGAUGCAAUGUUUGCUUAUGUUUUCCAUGAUGAGUUUGUAGCUAGCAUGAUAAAGAUUCCUUCUGAUACUUUUACGACUAUUCCCGAUUUUGACAUCUACUACAUAUAUGGAUUCAGUAGUGGAAAUUUUGUAUACUUCUUGACCCUUCAACCUGAAAUGCUCAGCCCUUCUGGUUCUGCAACAAAAGAGCAGGUCUACACAUCUAAACUGGUCAGGCUUUGCAAAGAGGAUACUGCCUUUAACUCAUAUGUUGAAGUUCCUAUUGGUUGCGUGAAAAAUGGUGUGGAAUACCGUUUGCUUCAGGCUGCUUAUCUAUCUAAAGCUGGAGUCAUCUUGGCUCGGUACUUGCACAUCAACCCAGAUGAUGCUAUAUUAUAUACCAUCUUCUCAAAAGGACAGAAGAGAAGGCUUAAGUCUUUGGAUGAGUCUGCCCUUUGCAUUUUUGUUCUAAAAUCUAUCAAUGAUCGUAUAAAGGAUAGGCUUCAGUCUUGCUACAAGGGUGAGGGCACAUUGGAUCUAGCAUGGCUUAAAGUAAAGGAUGUUCCUUGCGGCAGUGCGCUUUUAACAAUUGAUGACAAUUUCUGUGGACUGGAUAUGAACGCUCCUCUAGGAGUAUCAGAACUUGUUCGUGGGAUCACUGUCUACACAGAAGACAAAGACAGGAUGACAUCUGUGAUAGCAUAUGUCUACAAAGACCAUUCUCUGGCAUUUGUAGGGACAAAGAGUGGCAGGAUGAAAAAGAUUCGUGUUGAUGGCUCUUCCCAUGGUGCCUUGCAGUAUGAAGUCCUUCAGGUCGUAGAAAGUGGGCCCAUCUCACGUGACAUGGCAUUUUCAGUUGACCAUGAGUAUUUGUAUGUUAUGUCAGAGAAACAGCUAACACGGGUACCUGUAGAGAUGUGUGAACAGUAUAAGACGUGCACUGACUGCCUCGGCUCUGGAGACCCCCACUGUGGAUGGUGUGUGCUUCACAACAAGUGCACACGGAGAGAAAAAUGUGAAAGAGCAAGUGAGCCACGGAGAUUUGCCCUGGAGAUAAGGCAGUGUGUGAAACUAAGUGUGCAUCCAAACAACAUCUCUGUUUCACAGUACAGUGUUCUGUUGGUGUUAGAGGCUCACAAUGCCCCUGAACUCUCUGCUGGGGUGAACUGCACGUUUGAAGAUUUGGCGGAAAUGGAUGGACUUGUUGUAGGGAACAGAAUCCAAUGUGCCUCACCAGCAGAGAAGGAAGUGCCACAGAUUAUUACCAGCAAAGGUGAUCACCAGACUGUUCAGCUGUUCCUGAAGUCAAAAGAAACUGGGGUGACAUUUGCUAGCACAAACUUUGUUUUCUACAACUGCAGCGUUCAUAAUUCGUGCUUGUCAUGUGUGAACAGCCCCUACAGAUGUCAUUGGUGUAAAUAUCGACAUAUGUGUACACAUAAUCCGCAGACGUGCUCAUUCCAAGAAGGGAGAGUUAGAGUUUCAGAGGACUGCCCACAACUGUUGCCAGCAGAAAAGAUUUUAGUUCCUGUGGAAGUGAUCAAACCAAUCACCCUUAAAGCAAAGAACCUGCCACAACCUCAGUCUGGGCAGCGUGGCUAUGAAUGUGUCCUGCACAUCCAGGGACGUGAGCAAAGGGUGCCAGCGCUAAGGUUCAACAGCUCAAGUGUACAAUGCCAGAACACAUCGUACACGUAUGAUGGGAUGGAGAUUAACAGCCUUCCAGUAGACCUCACAGUGGUGUGGAAUGGGGAUUUCAGCAUUGACAAUCCAGCUCAGAACAAAGUACACUUGUAUAAAUGUGGAGCCAUGAGGGAGAGCUGCGGCCUGUGCCUGAAGGCAGACCCAGAUUUUGAAUGUGGUUGGUGCAAAGGAGAGGAUCGAUGCACAUUGAAGCAGCAUUGCUCUCUUCCAGAGAACCAGUGGCUUGAGCUAACAGGUCCCAAUGGAAAAUGUACCAAUCCAAAGAUUACAGAGAUUACACCAGUAACUGGCCCAAGGGAAGGUGGGACCAAAGUGACAAUCCGUGGAGAAAAUCUUGGCCUUGAGUUCAGGGAGAUCGCUGGCCAUGUCAGAGUGGCAGGAGUUGAUUGCACUCCACUGCCAGAAGGGUACAUCCCUGCAGAACAAAUAGUUUGUGAAAUGGGAGAGGCCAAACACAGUCAACAUGCUGGUUUUGUGGAGGUUUGUGUGGGCUACUGUGGACCUGAAUUCAUAGCAAGGUCAUCUCAACUCUACUAUUUUGUGAUUCCCAAUCUUUUUGAUGUAAAACCUGGUCGAGGACCUGUCUCCGGAGGUACCAGAGUCACUAUAACUGGAACUAACCUGGAUGCAGGAAGCACUGUUUUAGUGUCAUUUGGACAACAGCCAUGUGUGUUUGUCAGGAGAUCUGCUAAGGAAAUUGUUUGCAACUCCACUGCCUCAAGCCUUGGUUAUGGCAAAGUCCCAGUGUCAGUCAAAGUGGACAAGUCCAAAGUUCGCAAGGAGCUUCUGUAUGAAUAUGUGGAAGAUCCAACUAUAGCCAAACUGGAACCUGAGUGGAGUAUUGUAAGUGGGAGCACACCAGUGACAGUAUGGGGAACCAACCUGGACAUAAUUCAGAAUCCUCAGAUCCGGGCCAAGUACAAUGGCAUGGAAACUGUUAAUACAUGUGAAGUACAGAGUGGAACGCUGAUGAUGUGCCAGGCACCACCACUGGCACUGGAUUCUAACCACGAUGCCAUGGAACACCCUGAUGAAUUUGGAUUCAUCUUGGACGAUGUUCAGGCCUUGCAGAUUGUCAGAAACACCACCUUUACCUACUUCCCCAACCCAGCAUUUGAGUCUCUAAGCCCCACUGGGGUGCUGGAGUUGAAACCUGGCUCACCUAUUAUAUUAAAGGGAAGGAAUUUGAUACCUCCAGCUUCUGGUGGUAAUGUAAAACUGAACUACACAGUGUUACUUGGAGAGAAGCCCUGUACGGUUACAGUUUCAGAUAUUCAGCUCCUGUGUGAAUCCCCAAACCUCACUGGACGGCACAGAGUACUGGUCCGAGUUGGGGGGAUGGAGUAUUCACCUGGUACAGUUCAUAUUGCCUCAGAAAGCUUGCUGAGUAUACAUGCUAUCAUCAGCAUUGCCGUGGCAGGCGGACUGCUCAUUGUGUUCAUUGUGGCAGUACUAAUAGCCUACAAGCGGAAGUCCUUGGAAAGUGAUCAGACGCUGAAGCGACUGCAGAUGCAGAUGGAUAACCUGGAGUCCCGAGUUGCUUUGGAGUGUAAAGAAGCUUUUGCAGAGCUGCAGACAGACAUUCACGAAUUAACGAGUGACCUGGACGGAGCAGGGAUCCCCUUCCUGGAUUAUCGUUCCUACACCAUGAGGGUUCUUUUUCCAGGGAUAGAAGACCAUCCAGUCCUGAGAGACUUAGAGGUUCCAGGAUAUAGACAAGAGAGAGUGGAAAAGGGCUUAAAGUUUUUUGGCCAGCUUAUCAACAAUAAAGUAUUUUUGCUUUCUUUCAUCCGGACUUUGGAAUCUCAGCGCAGUUUCUCCAUGCGAGAUCGUGGAAAUGUAGCAUCCCUUAUUAUGACUGUACUGCAGACAAAACUGGAGUAUGCUACAGAUGUCCUCAAGCAGCUGUUAUCUGAUCUCAUUGACAAGAACCUGGAGAGCAAGAACCAUCCCAAGCUUCUUCUUCGAAGGACAGAAUCCGUUGCUGAGAAGAUGCUUACAAAUUGGUUCACCUUCCUUCUCUACAAGUUCUUGAAGGAAUGUGCUGGGGAACCCCUUUUUUCUUUGUUCUGUGCCAUCAAACAGCAGAUGGAGAAAGGACCCAUAGAUGCCAUUACAGGUGAAGCACGUUAUUCUCUGAGUGAAGACAAGCUUAUCAGACAACAGAUAGACUACAAGACCUUGAUUCUGAAUUGUGUGAACCCAGAUAAUGAAAACAGCUCAGAGAUCCCAGUUAAAGUCCUGAAUUGUGAUACUGUCACUCAAGUCAAGGAGAAGAUAUUAGAUGCCAUCUUUAAAAAUGUCCCAUGCUCCCACAGGUCAAAGGCAGCCGAUAUGGACUUAGAGUGGCGUCAGGGUCGAGCAGCUCGCAUGAUCCUGCAGGACGAAGACAUCACCACAAAGAUUGAGAAUGAUUGGAAGCGUCUCAACACUUUAGCACAUUAUCAGGUACCAGAUGGCUCCAUUGUAGCACUAGUCCCCAAGCAAGUCACGGCAUAUAAUUCAGUCAACAAUUCCACUGUCUCCAGGACAUCAGCAAGUAAAUAUGAAAACAUGAUUCGGUACACUGGAAGCCCAGACAGCCUGCGUUCCAGAACACCAAUGAUAACCCCUGACCUAGAGAGUGGGGUUAAAGUGUGGCAUCUUGUCAAGAACCAUGAGCAUGGUGAUCAGAAGGAGGGUGACCGGGGAAGCAAGAUGGUGUCAGAAAUAUAUCUUACAAGGCUGCUGGCAACCAAGGGCACGCUGCAGAAGUUUGUGGAUGACCUGUUUGAGACAAUCUUCAGCACAGCCCACCGAGGAAGUGCACUUCCCCUAGCCAUCAAGUACAUGUUUGAUUUCUUGGACGAGCAGGCGGAUAAACAUGGCAUACAUGAUCCUCACGUGCGACACACGUGGAAGAGCAACUGUUUGCCAUUAAGAUUUUGGGUGAAUGUAAUCAAGAAUCCUCAGUUUGUCUUUGACAUCCAUAAGAACAGCAUCACAGAUGCCUGCCUUUCUGUGGUGGCCCAAACAUUCAUGGAUUCCUGUUCAACAUCAGAGCAUCGGCUCGGCAAAGACUCACCAUCCAAUAAGCUGCUGUAUGCCAAGGACAUUCCCAGUUAUAAAAACUGGGUGGAGAGGUACUAUUCAGACAUCAGCAAAAUGCCUGCCAUCAGUGAUCAAGACAUGAAUGCCUACCUAGCUGAGCAGUCUCGUAUGCAUAUGAACGAGUUCAACUCAAUGAGCGCACUUUCUGAAAUUUAUUCCUAUGUCAGCAAAUAUAGUGAAGAGAUUUUGUCUGGCCUAGAACAAGAUGACCAUGCGCGAAAACAAAAGCUUGCUUACAAACUUGAACAAAUCAUGGCCCUGAUGAGCAUAGACAGCUGAGAACAGUUCCUGCCAGGGAACACUGGGACUUAUAAACCAUGCCGUGCCUCAAUCAACACCAUCAUCUUUUCUAAGAACAAGUUCUGAUUGGAUAAGGAACUGAGUCACCUUGUCAAUCCCGUCGCUCUGGUUCACGCUCUUUGGCUUUGGAAAUAUACUGCAAAACGUGUCAGGAAUGGCACCAGAAUUUCACAGUGAUAAAAACAAAAGGAGUUUCCUCUCCCCUGGAAGGCAAGCACUCCCUGUAACCAUGCCUUGGGAAGUCAUUAUCUUGAAUGAUGGUCUGUCUACAAUGCACUUCUGUCCUUUCUGCCAUUCUGUAGCUUAUUUCUUGUGGGAAACUGAACCUGGUAUUUCUGUGACAUGCUCAGCCAAGCACAAUGCUAGUUAAGCAAUCUUCUCUCAAUGAGCACAUCAAAUUUUUAUUUCAAAUGUCUCUUGAGAAAAUAACAUUUGCCACAACAGUUACAAUGGAGGGAAUCUUCCAAAUAUGGUAAUGUUUGCAAAAAUAUGGUUAAUCAUAAUUUGGCCAUUAAAUUACUGGAACAUAAAAUAAUUCCAAAGAGCUUUUGUUUCACAUACAUUUAUGUAUGGUAUGGUUAUAUUUCUGUAACUAGUAUGCAGAUAGUCAGUUUUUUUCAUCAUUCUCAGGCCCGGAUCUUAAAAGAGGAAUUAAAUUGCAUGUUCUGUACCAUAUUUUGUGGUAAUGUACUCAACAUGUUGAUUUUCAGAUUUUACCUUUAACUUAAAAAAAAAAAUCAGUCCAGAAUUAGAUGUGUUGUGACACUGAAUUGAGACCUCUGCUGUUUUUUUAUGGUCUACAAAGUUACAAGUAGUGUCACAUGGUUUGCAGGCCAUGGUUUCAAACUAGACCUGCUAGAAACUAACAGAUAUGGACAUUUAAAGCCAUUAAGGUUGAAAGAUGCUACGGACAGCUCAGGCCAUGCAUGAGUAAUAUUUUGUACAGAUGUUGCCUUUACAAGGCACUAACAUUUAAUCUAUAAAGGCCUUGGAGUACUCUGUAUGGGUGCAUCUUUCAUGGUACCAACCACGGCCACAUUCAGUUUGAAUCUAUAGUAUGCUAUAUUACAUUUCUUCUGCAGUAAUCACCCUUUGGGCCACACUGAGGAAUUAUUCUUGGCAUAGCACUUUUCUAAAUUACUAGACUUUAAAAUAAUAUAUAGUAUUUUACCUUCCACAGCACAAACAGGUUUGCACAGUAAUCAGUAUGAGUGAUGAUAAAACUUCACAUCAUUGAAAUAUUUUCUUAGAAAUAUAAGAGGCACAUCACAGAGAGCACUUUGAUGAGUUGAUUCAGGUCAGGUGAUGGUAGAUUUUCUUUUUAAAGCUGUGUCACCCAACACUGCCUAUGGGCUGAAGUGUUUUCUGAAGGUGGCAAGGGAUGCAGGGAGAAAAGAGACUGUUGUUCACUUUGCUGCAGGAGGAAGAAGGCGAUAAUCCAUAUCAGCUGCUUUUUCAUUCAAACUUCAGGUGCGUUAUAGGCCCAGGGCAAAUGUGUAUACUUAAGUUCCAGCCCAUUCACUGCCAUCUUUCUGCAUGAAGAGUCAUAGUUUGGGGAAGGAAGUUGGGUUGCAAGGUAUAGGAUAGGAUAUUAUGUCAUAAUCAUAAGAUGGACAAGCAUCACAGUAUCCCACCUUUACCACUUUGACUGCCACUACUGAUAAGACACCAGUAGCUAAUGAGAACCCCUUGUUGAAAUUGAAGGACACUACCAAGUGUUGGAUUUCCUGUGCACCUCAACUGCUGCUGUGUUGUUACUGCAUGGACUCCAGUGGAGUAACGUGUAUUUAUCACAAACACAUUAUAGCUACUUCUUGUGACCAGGAAUUAUCCAUAGCAGCAGAUUUCUAAUUCCUAAGACAUUAAAAAAAAAGAUAGAAUGAAAUAAAAUGAAAGAAAAAGAAACAAAACCAAAGGUCCUGAAAAUGAAGUGCCGCAUCAUCAAACAAAAUAUAUGAACUGUCUGGGUAUGUGCAAAGGAUGAUGUGACAGGACAGCGAAAAACAAAAUUCAAACUUUAUUUUUUCCUUUUGCACAUGAAAUCUUUACGUUUUUUAGAAGCAGCUGAAUAACAAGUCUAGCACAGCUGCAGACAGGACUUAAAGAUAAAAAGACGUAUCUUGCGGUGCAGAAUGUUUGUUUUCUGCAGAUCUAAACAAAUUCCACGACCCCUUUCAGCAAUGGAAAAUAACGAUCUAGACAUGGGCCAUUGUGUGCUAUGAAGCUGUCCCCCACCUCAUGUUCCUUUGAUAUCUCCAAGCUUCUUUGCCUUGAAAUGUGCCAGACUUGUGAUGUGAAUGUGUGGAUAUACCCUUGGUGGACCUGAGGGAAGUUUUCGCUUUUUUUUUAAGCGCAUGUAAUAAAAAAAAAUGUUUUUCCCUGUUUUGAAAGAAACAAAAAAGCCUUGCAGAUACAUGAAUGUUCCCUUUCUUGUCCAUUGUUGAUUUAAAAGCAUCAUCAACUUAUACGUUAUGUCAUGAGAGAAUACUGUAUGUGUUUAUUAAGGUGGAAUCUUUAUCUAUUGCUAGUUUAUAGAAAUCAUCUUUGUAUUAAUGCGGGAGUAUGGGUGAAGAUUAUCAACAUGAGCAGAGGUCUGAACUUCAACCUAGUCAAAUUCUCAUGUGCACAAGAGACUGCAUUUCAUCACCUUUUACCACAGGUCAAACUUUUUUUCACACUAUGUACUUUUUCGAAAUUACAGCAGUUUCUUAGUAUGAAAUUAUCUACUGUUGUCUUGUUGUCCAAGCACAGUCAUUGGAAGUCAGGGUCUGUUCUCCAUGAGUGUUACAAAAUUAAGGUAUACUGCUAAAUUUAAACUUAACAAACAUGGUAUUGUAGAAUGAAAUUAAUGCAAUUUUGGAUUUAGUCACAGUUUAUAGAUAUAAUACUGGGGCAUGACUGUAGAAUCUGACGUAUAUCAGACAUGUUCAUGUUGCUGUUUUACGCUACAUACUUUUCUCUACAAAUUGUCAACAUAUCACUAACCCUAAUCCUGUGUACUUACUUUGCUGAUAGGAACCAAGUAUACAAUCAACACAUACUAGCAGAUGUUUGUUUUGGCUUUGGUUAACUGUGGUACAGCCAGUCAAAACCUGAGAAGCUAACACGAUACAUCACAAGAAGGUUAAAGAUAUUUGUUUGCUGUCUAAACUUUGCUAUUCUUCUUCCUCAGAUUAAAAAGUACAAGUCUUACAAAAAUAUUGAGAUUGUAGGCAUAUUGAUUUCUCAGUAGAAGGUGGGUACGUUAAGGAUAUUUGUUCAUUAAGUUGUGAGGUUAACAAAAUCUUAAAAAGUAUUCCCUGCUUCAUUUCACCAGGUAACCAUAUUCUUUAGUUUUGAUUCAUUGCAGACUUUCAUGCACACUUACAGCUUAGUUAUGCAAAUUUACAAUUGUGUGUGUGUAUGGAUCACUCUCUCUCUCUCUUUUACACACACAUUUGUAUAUAUAUUGGUCUACUUUGAUUUAACAAAAACCCAUAAUCACAAAUGUAAUUUUCACGAGACAAAAAUAAUGAAGCUAAAAAUCCCAAACCACGUACUUUUUCACAGGCCAAGUAAACACUUGGCUAAAAUUACAGAAAACACACCGUACCAUCUUAAACCCACCUAGGUGGGGAGGGCUACACUCUCACACCCAACUGUGGGGACUGUGCCCCCCCCCAACUACAUAUACCAACUCGGGGAUCACACUACAUUGGGAAAAAGGACAUAUUUCACCAUGUUGGGCAGGUGUUUACUUGCCCUGGGAAAAAGUGUAUAUGGCUCAGGCUUUUUAGUUUCGUUAUUAUCGUCAUAUGAUAAUAACGUUCGUGAUUAAUGGGUUUUCAUUAUGUCAAAGUAGACCAUAUAUAUAUAUAUAUAUUUAUUUACAUACCUGUAUCUACUUAUGCAGACAUAUGUGUAUGUAUAUUUAGAUAGACAUGCACAGUAUACAUGAUGGCUAUGUGAGGCAGAUGCUUUUGCUUGUGUGUGUGUGUGUGUGUGUGUGUGUGUGUGCAUGUAGCUCCCUAUUUAAAUUUCAGCACUUGAAAUGAUGAGUGCCGACAAUACCAAAAAAAAAAGACUGAAACUCUGGAAGAUGAGCAAAUAUCAAAAAUCACUCUUCUCCGUUAAACUUUCUUUUUUUUGCAGUUGGGUCAAACCCCCCCUGCACCCCCGAUAUAGGGGGCAACCCCCUUUCCCAAUUAUGGGUCUAUAUUAUAACCGCAAAAGUCCUAAACAGCGAAUACGGAAUCCUAGACACAUAUUACCUGAACCGCAAAUACACCGAACACCCUUAACUGCAAAAUUCAAAAUCUCGAACUGUCAUAGUUGUCCAACCCCACCGCACGCUACAUACUUCCUACCCAAAAAAAUAAAUAAACCACAUACAUACAGUAACCAAAACCCUACUUCUAACCCUACACCAAGCCUUACAUACAU